AUGACAGAUUUCUCAACCAGGGUGGGAGAUGGCUUGUCAGAAGGUGCGAGAGAGAGUGCGAUGAAAGGGAGCGUGACCAGUGCUUAUUUAAGCGUAACAUCAGCAAUGAACCGUGAACCAAUAAUUACCAGUAAAACUGAUCAAAAACCGAGCGAUGAAUUGCAGUUCGACACCAAUCACGACGGCUAUAUUCCAACGCACGAUUUGAGGAGAUUCGUUCGUCAAUCGGCGUAUUCGUUUGGUUUAACGACCGAAGAAGCUGAUGCGCUACUGAUGAAUGUCGAUAAAAACAACGAUCAUCUCGUUGAUUUUCCUGAAUUUUGUCAACUGAUGAGCAAAGCAAAGAGAAUGCAUAUGAGAGGCGUGAUGUUUCGUGCUGCGCAAUUGGUUGUGCCUAGAAGUAAUCGUCUCGCAUCCUACAGUUACCUACAACAUUACAAAUGUUUACCUCCACCAGUCUUCAUGAUACUCAUCAGUGUUAUUCAGACAGCUGUAUACGCAUAUUACGUUGUUGAUAUGAACAGUGGUAUAGAAAUCAAUGGACCUGUACCUAUUAAAUCACCUCUGAUUUUUAACCCACAUAAAACUUAUGAAAUUUGGCGCUAUCUUACCUAUAUGUUUAUUCACAUUGGAAUCUAUCAUCUGAUUUUCAACGUAUUAACACAAAUAUUACUCGGUGUUCCUCUUGAACUGGUCCAUAAACAAUGGCGAGUUGCACUGGUUUAUCUUAGCGGAGUCAUGGCCGGAUCAUUAUGCGUGUCUGUUGUCGAUCCAAAUACGUACUUGGCUGGUGCAUCGGGUGGUGUGUAUGCUUUAUUAGCAGCACAUAUAUCAGAAUUAGUAAUGAAUUGGUCGGAAAUGGAAUUUGCUAUAAUCCGAUGUGUUGUUUUGAUCACAUUGAUAUCUUCUGAUAUUGGUGUUGCCGUUUAUCAACGAUAUUACAUUGACAUUGUGGAUAAGGUCUCUUAUGUAUCUCAUAUCGGUGGUUUCUUGGCCGGUAUUUUAAUGGGUAUUAUUGUGCUCCGAAAUUUCCGUAAAAAGCGAUGGGAACGAGUACUGUGGUGGAUAGCACUGAUUGUUUUCACACUUUUGAUAUGCUUAUUGAUCGUCCUUGAUGUUUUACCUCGAAUUUUAUGA